AUGAAGUUGUUCGCGAGUUGCCUCGUUUUUUCUUCCUCUGCAGAGAUUGCCCUGUCUUCUGAUGAUUUAGCAAAGUUCAAGUGCAGGUCAAGCGGAAGCUGGCAACUUCCUCAGAGCUGUGGGUCCUCGUGCACCGAUUCGGACAAGGCAAAUAUAGCAUGUCAAGUUAACCUAUCAAUUGACCCCAGUGAUGAAAACUUUUUGCUGUUCACUUCCAACGGCGUCCCUGACCACAAUGCAUGCGCUGCGGCGCCGCAAUCAACCGUCGACCCUCAGAAUUACUCGUACAAGAUUCCUCGAGAACCGGUCAAAAGGGCUGGCAAUCCGGAAGACUUUGGUACUACCAACAUGGCGGAAAUCGGCUUUGCAAUAAAUGGAGUCCCAUUUUACAACCCCUACGACGCUGCUUGCUGCGAUGCGGGAUUGUACGAGCUACAUGCGCUGGAUCUUUGCUAUGCUCAUCCAAAUGGUCAAGGAGGCAGGUAUCAUUACCAUGUUUGGUCUCCCUGUAUCGCAGAAUGCACUGGUGAGUCUGAACUGGUCGGCAUUGCCUUAGACGGGUUCCCAAUUUACGGCCCUGGAAUCAAUCCGGAAACUGGCAAAGUCUGGUCCCAGAGCGACAUGGACUUUUGCGGCGGAAAAGAAGUUGAUGGAAAAUAUGCGUACUACGUUACAGUUGACUUUCCUUAUGUGUUACAAUGUUACCGUGGGGAAACGAGCUCGACCUUCAAAGAUGGACAGGAGUUCCGUGCUACAGGAACAUGCGCGCCGAACAAUGAAGGCUGCAGCCCGGGUGCUGGGGGCGGGCCUGGAGGUCCAGGAGGACCAGGAGACUCUGGUGGGCCAGGGGGUCCAAGAGGUCUACCAGGAACCAGGCCAAAUCAUCACGCUCACGGUCGAAAACGAAGAGAUAUUCAUGAUCAAACUGAGAGUUGGUUUCAAGAGCUGGAGAACCUUACUAAUCUUGGAUACACUUCGUCCUACUCCAAAGAAAUCCUGAGACAUGUUGAAAAGAGCCGAACAGUCAGAAGUGUUGAAACUCUAUCCUCUGCUAUUGAUGAAGUCAUCUCUGCAGGCGACGGUCGAUUCACGAAGGAAAUCUACUUGAAGCACCUGAGCUACCAGUGCAAUUCAUGCAACGGGCCUAGAGAUCUUUACUUGAACUGCACGGCGGGGAGACAUGAUACAUGUACUGGAGAACGAAGUCUGUUUACGCUCCAAGAUGAGGAUACUUCUGUGAAUAACGGAGACGGAGGGGAUGCAGGAGACAGAGAAAAUAAUGAAGAUGGGGGAAACAAUGGAGAUACCGCGGAAACUGGAGGAAAUGGAGCAGACGGACAGAAAUUAAAACAAAAGAAAAACGAGACCAUGCAACUAAAAAUAUGCCUCCUACUCGUCGGAAUCGUCCAGUCACGAUUCUACAAGAAGGCUCAGAGCGAAGCAGCGGCGAAAAGAGGCGACGAAAAAGCAUCUUACUGUACUGCUGAAAUCUGCGACAACUGCCGUAAACAUAUUAUCCUUUCUUUCGGCCAGGGUCCCUCGGAAACGACAGAGUCUUGCAAGCAGAUUUGGAUUGAACCGGACUGUUGCUUCUCGCUUCUUUGA